AAGGUGGGGUUCUUUACCCAGCAGGCCCAGGGGAGGGCGUGUCCCAGGUGUGUCCUGGGCGUGUCCCGGAAGGUGGGGUUCUUUAACCAGCAGGCCCAGGGGAGGGCGUGUCCCAGGUGUGUCCUGGGCGUGUCCCGGGUGGGCGUGUCCCCCCUGGGCGUGUCCCUGACCCCUCCCGUCCCCGCCCCGCAGAAGGUGGGGUUCUUUAACCAGCAGGCGGCCGAGCAGCUGCGCUUGGAGGAGACGGCGGCCGAGUUCCUGCAGAGGAGCUUCAACCUCCCCCACCAGGACGCCCGGAAGUGCCUCGGGCGCUUCGGCCUCGAGGGCCACGCCCACACCCUGCAGAUCGCCAAGCUCUCGGGCGGGCAGAAGGCCCGGGUGGUCUUCGCCGAACUGGCCUGUCGGGAGCCCGACGUGCUCAUCCUGGACGAGCCCACCAACAACCUGGACAUCGAGUCCAUCGACGCCUUGGCCGACGCCAUCAACGACUACAAGGGGGCGGUGAUCGUGGUGAGCCACGACGCCCGGCUCAUCACCGAGACCAACUGCCAGCUGUGGGUGGUGGAGGAGCAGGGCCUGAGCCAGAUCGACGGAGACUUCGACGACUACAAGCGGGAGGUGCUCGAGGCCCUCGGCGAGGUCGUC